AUGGAUGAAGCCAGGAUCUGCAUCAAAUCCGGAAGGAAGGAAAUGAUCAACGUUACGGUCAAAGUGUUGAUCGAUGGAGAACAAUUCUUUAUUAGUAUGCGGGAAGAUGGAAACUUGUUAAGGGACUUGCAGACGCCGAGGAGAGGCAUGGAUGAAGAAGAAGCCAAAUCAUUUGAUUCACCGGCGACUUUCUCCUCAGACGAUCUGGAAUCAGGAGAUGUUAGGGGCUUUCACGAGAAAGAAAUCUUUCACGAGGAGCCUAGGACUAGGGAAAGGACAUUUCAGGUUUCAUUAGGUGGGGAGGAUGAGGAUUCACAGUCUACAAAAAUAAGGAACAACAUAGACUUAGGCCUUAGUGAGGAGAGUAUUAAGUCAAAUGGAAAAAAGGUGUUUCUUGACUUGAAAGAGGGUUUUGGGGUGUCAGCCUUAGAUAAAGGUGAUAAUGAUGCUUUACACGAAAAUGCAAGUUUGAACAGUGUUACAGAUGAAAGAGAAAAAGCAUUUUCUAAUUACUUGAAGGAAGUAUCUUACUGUGGGCUUACCUUUGGUACAAAGGAAAAUGGGUCGGGCGAAAGAGAGGCCAGGGGCAAAAACGAUGGACCCAACAAGGAAGAUGCGACCUGUUUGCGAUUUGGGGAAAAAGUGGAGAUCUCUUCUUCUUUCUAUGCGUGCAUUACUCCGAGACAAGGAAGCAGAUCGAAGAUCAACGAUGAUGUUCCUGGUGCGGUGGAUUCAAAAGUCGACUCCAUUUCAAAUGGUGAGUUAAAUCCCUCCUCUUCAAAUUCUGAUCACGACAUUCUUCGUAGCAACGUUAGGAAGAUGAACAAUGAUAAUUCUGAAGUGGGGAAAAAGGUUUUGGGUUCUAUUACAAAGUUGGGGGUGACUAGUGGAGGUGAUGAAGGGAUGACUGUGAAAUUGCUAAAUGCCAUGGAGCUGAGAGAUAAAAAAAGACUUGCGUGGGCUUUUUGGGGAAAUAAGGAGGUGGAGUGGACUGCUUGUAACUCCUCGGGUGCGUCAGGGGGAAUGGGCUUCCUUUGGAGGAGAGGGUCUUUGUCUCUUAAUUAUAGCUUCAUUGGGAAAGGUUUUGUUGGCAUUAAUGUUAUGCGGGAAGGAGUUAUUUAUAAUCUCGUCAAUGUGUAUGCUCCGUGUAGUGUGGUGGAAAGAAGGGUUUUGUGGAAUUCUUUACAAAAUUGGAGAAUAAAAAAUGGCUUAGAGGAAUGGUGCAUAGUGGGUGAUUUCAACGAAGUCUCGUGUAGGGAAGAAAGAAUAGGGGAAGGUUCACACCACAAUAAUAGAGGAAUGGCGGAGUUUUGUGGUUUUAUAGAUAGCAUGGUUUUGGUGGAUAUCCCUUGUGUGGGAGGUAAAUUCACUUGGUUCAAAGACAGCGGGAAGGCUAUGAGUAGACUUGAUAGAUUUUUGAUCUCGAGAAACAUGAUAGACGAUUGGGGUGUUAUAGAUCAAAGAAUUGAAAAAAGAGACAUAUUGAAUCAUGCUCCUAUCCGUUUGAAUGUCGGGAAGGAUUUCGUUAAGGAAGAAUGGGAAAAGUUGAUUGUUAAUGGUAGGGGAGAUUUCAUUUUAUACGAGAAACUUAGAUCCUUGAAGAGUAGCCUUAGAAACAAAGGGGGCGAUAAGGAGGCAUUGGGGCAUUCUAGGAGGGAUGUCACGAGGGAGAUUUGGAAUUGUUUGAAUUUAAAAGAUAAUAUGCUUAGACAAAAAUCAAGGCAACUAUGGUUGAAAGAGGGAGACAAAAACUCUAGAUUUUUCCACAACUCAGUAAAGGAUAGACAAAGAAGAAAUGCGAUAACUUUAACUUGUUUGGAAGGUGAAAACGGUAGAGUGGAGGGGGUGGCAAAUAUCAAGAAGGAGGUUUUUGCUUUUUUCCAAGAAUAUUUCAAAGAGGAGAACUUUAAUAGGCCUUUACCGGAGGGAUUAGUUCUAAAUUGUUUGAGUGAAGUUGACACAGAGCGGCUGGAGAGAGUUUUCACGGAAGAGGAGGUAAAAGAAGCCGUUUGGUCUUGUGACGGCAAUAAAAGUCCCAGUUCGGAUGGUUUUUCCUUAGAAUUUUUCAAUAGUAAUUGGGAGGUGGUCAAAGUUGAUGUGGUUAGAUUGGUGGCAGAUUUCCAUGAAAAGGCUAGACUUACAAAAGCUUGUACUUCGGUGUUUAUUGCUCUUAUUCCCAAAGUGAGAAUUCCUCAAUCCUUGUCCGAUUAUAGGCCCAUAAAUCUUGUUGGAAGCUUAUACAAGAUAAUAGCUAAAUUCUUGGCCGCUAGAUUAAGAGGUGUAGUCGGGAAGCUUGUGUCUAGUAACCAAACGAAUUUUGUUCUGGAUAGAAAUAUUUCGGAUGGAGUUCUUGUGGUGAAUGAGGUGGUGGAUCUAGCAAGAAGAGAAAAAAGAAGUUAUGUGGUGUUAAAGGUUGAUUUUGAAAAGGCUUACGAUCGGGUUAAUUGGAAUUUUGCCAAAUAUGUGCUAGUUCGUAUGGGGUUUUGUGCGAGAUGGAUGCGAUGGAUGGAAUGCUUCAUGGAGGUGUUAACGGCUCUUAUGAGGAAAGCAAAGGAAAUAGGUGAUUUUAGAGGAUUCAAGUUCAAUGCCAAUGAGGAAGUAGACAUUCUCCAAUUUGCGGACGACACGAUCAUAUUAGCGGAAGGAGACACGGCUAAUUUAUGGAGCAUGAAAACCAUACUUAGGGGUUUUGAGUUAAUGUCGGGAUUGAGGAUUAAUUUCCACAGAAGCAAUCUUUUCGGGAUUAAUGUGGGAGGGUGGUUCUUAGAAGAGGCGUCUUCUUUUCUCUCUUGUAAAGUGGGUAGCUUUCCGUUCAAAUUCCUUGGAGUAAAAGUAGGAGACAAUCCUAGGAAAAGCUCUAUGUGGAAAGAUUUAAUUUCGCUCAUGAGAAAGCGUUUGGCCGUGUGGAAAGGGGUAAAUCUUAAUGUCGCGGGUCGUGUGGUUUUGAUUAACUCGAUGCUCAAUUCCAUUCCUAUUUACUCUUUAUCUUUAUACAAGGCUCCGUCAAAGGUUCUUCAUGAGAUUCAUACAAUUCAAAGCAAAUUCCUAUGGAGCGGGGGUGAUCGCAAAAGAUCGGUUCAUUGGGUGAGUUGGGACACGGUUUGUAAAACUCGUGAGGAAGGAGGAUUGGGUGUCAAAAAUGUGGAAAUUAUGAAUGCGGCCUUACUUAGCAAAUGGAAAUGGAGGAUUCUUUUGGAUCAUGAAGCGGAAAACCAUUUUGCUGGUGCGACUAAGUGUUGUGUGGGCAAUGGUGAAAACGUACCGCUUUGGUACGGUUGCUGGGCGGGACAGGAGCCCCUUCGGGAAGCUUUUUCGGAGCUGUUUCGAAACGCAGAAGACCAUUUAUUAUCUGUGGCAGAGGCUGGAUUUUAUACUGAUACGAGCUGGCAUUAG